AUGGUGCCCAAGCCCACGCCCUACCACCUGAAGCUCUUCAUGUCAAACAAGUACACCUACGCGCAGGUGCUGCGGGUGCUGGACGGCCACAUCGUGGCGUCGGCGUCCACGCACGAGCGAUCCACUCGCGCGGCGCUGGAGGGACAGCCCAAGGCGGACAAGGCCGCCAGCGCGCUCGUGGGGAGGCUGAUCGCCGAAAGGGCGCGGGCGCUGGGGAUCGCCGCCGUGCACUUCAAGCUGGCGGAGGGCAAGAAGUACCACGGGAAGAUCAAGGAGCUGGUGGAGGCGAUGAAGGCGAAUGGUGUGGGGCUGUGCUGA